AAGAAAGAGAGCAGGGACAAGAAGGUGGUGACGAGAAAGUUCCGUGGAACUCAGAAGUCACCGCCUGCCUUUCAGACUCGAAGAACUAGGCGGGAUGUAACCUGGGCAUACUUUCAGCUGUUCCCCUGCUGCCCACGCUGCAGGUUUUUCAGGUCCUUGCUUGAGCGAGCACUCACAGGCGUAAAUAAACGUGCUACCAGCAGCCCGCGUCAGCCAGACCGGCUAUUUAAGCGGGCUGGCAUCAGCAAACUCAGCUUCCAGAUCCAGGACUUGCCUUUGCCACUCCACCCGCGCCGGGACCAUGUCGGCGGAGACCUCGAGCGGCCCCACGCAGGACCAGGUGGAGAUCCUGGAGUACAACUUCAACAAGGUCAACAAGCACCCGGACCCCACCACGCUGUGCCUCAUCGCGGCCGAGGCCGGCCUUUCCGAGGAGGAGACCCAGAAAUGGUUUAAGCAGCGUCUGGCUCAGUGGCGGCGAUCGGAAGGCCUGCCUUCAGAGUGCAGAUCCGUGACAGACUGAGGAGAUGGUGGGCACUGGCAGCUGCCCUCCAUGAAGACCAUCCGCCAUUUCUCUCCUCGGCUUAACCCAGCUUUUUGGUUUUUCAGUGUAGUGCUGUGUGUUCCACUGUUAGCUGUCCUGCUAUUUAACACAACAUUGUAUUUUUUUAAUGUACAUAACCAGAAAAGAAAGUAACUGUAGGCAAAUCCAUGUAGCUUCUGUGUAAAGCAGUGGCUUGGCUGGGAAGCGGUGGGGCUUGCAUUUCCUUUUGGUUCUUGAUAAUAGAUGGUGUGAAAAUCAUCUAAGUUUGCCUUUUACCAUCACAUCUCAGUACCAAUUUAUUUUUACCAUCCAUUUCAGAGUAGGCAAGGCCUCUGUUGAAAACAUAACAUGAGGAAAACAACUUAGGGAAGUAGAGUCAGAAGGAAAUGCUUCCUCCCUCAUGUUAAGUUUAUGAAAGAACCCAGUCAGGCUGGGAGUCAAAAACCCCAACUGGCAGAAGACCAAGUAACAGGAAAAAGAUCCACAGAAGUCUUCGAUUUACCUUAUUUAAAUGUAUUUGUUAAAUUUAUUUUACUAAACAAAGUGAACGGCUUUUUGUCUCUGAAAUAUUCUAAAUAAAAACUUUUUUGGU